UAGCUAGAUCACAAGAGGAAGCAGACGUUAAUGCUCCUGUCACAAGAUGGCCUUUGGUCAUAUUUGCUCCCUGUGCAGCGCCUUCACAUACAUUGCCGUGUUGAUGCUUGAGCUCGGCCUCCUUGAUGUGGAGGCUUCCAGUAGGACACAUGUCAUUCAUAGGAAAGUUGGAGAUACUGUGGAACUUCCAUCAUAUUCACCGACUGAAGGUGUCAUCAACGUGGCAAAUUGGAAAUAUGGAAAGGUCACAGUCACAGACAAAGAUGGGGAUGUUUCUACAAAUCAUCAGUUUAAGGACAGAGUCGAGUUAAACCCCACAAACUUUAGCUUAACAGUGAGAAAACUGACUCUCCAAGAUUCUGGUGAUUUCAGUUUUUUUUCAGAGGUUAAUGACCAGCAAGGGGGCACAGUCAUCAUCACUCUGCAUGUUCAUGAACCCAUAACUCAACAACCGAGCCUGAAACAAAUCAACUUCACCUACAAUGCCUCGGUUGAGUCCUGCACAUUUUUGCUGGAGUGCAGUACGUCUUCUGACAGCACCGUCACCUACAAAUGGACUGUAGAGAACCAAACCUGGACUGGACCCAAACUGCAGCACGUCUUCAGGGAGCAGGACGNCACAGUCAUCAUCACUCUGCAUGUUCAUGUUGUGUAUUUGCAUUUGCACUUUUGGACAUACUGUAUCUGUANUUUUGUCAGUGAGAAGUCUGCAUCCAGAACCAUUAAAUGCAGCAGCGAUAUUUCCCCACAAGAAACAGGAUCUUCUCGUGUCUCACUGAUCAUUUGGCCGCUCGUAGGAAUUUCGGUGAUUCUACUGUUGCUCGCACUCCUGCACUUCAUAAAGUGGAAGGAUCUGUGGCGUCGCAGACUCACACAAUCUGAAACAGUCAACCAGGAUGAAAGUCAGCAGCAUGUUUACUCCUCUCUUCUCCACGGUGAUGGGAGCGUCUAUGAAACAGUGAGGGGCUCUGAAGGUGAUGGUUGCGUCUAUGAAACAAUGAGAGGCUGUGAAGAUACCGCCACAGGCGGAUCACCAGAUGAAUACAUCAACUUCCCAUCAGCACCAAUUCAGACCAACAACCUUGAUAAGGAGGAUGAAUAGGCAUGUUGGUGCAGAUUGUAAAACAGCUUUUGUGCUCAGUCAUGUACUCUUUCCUUCCUUAUUAGCUCUUUUUUUUAUUAUCAGGUGAUCUAAACAAACAUUGUAUAGUUUUUGACAUGAGAGUUGCAGAGUAGUACAGCUUGGAUUCUGAUGUUUCUGUGGCAUCUUCAGCAAAACAUGUCAAAUAUCACUUUUAACACAAUCAGGGCAAAUUAAGGAUCGCUUUAACAACAACACAACACACCUGAUUCAAAUGAUCGUUAUCAGGCUUCUACAGAGCUUGA